AUGACUAUAAUCAAAAAUAGUAUUUUCGAAGAAGAAGAUAAUUUGACUUCAAUAACAAAACGAAGAUUUUGUCUACUAAUUGAUACAAACAAAAAGAAAUGGGAAAUUAACAAUAAAGGUAAAAGAGUUUAUCGAUAUAACGUAAUAUGGAAAAUAUUUGAACUGAAUUACGAAGAAAAUGAGAGCGAGGAAUUGAUAUUACUAGCGAGCUAUGAAUGUUAUAACGAAAAUGAAUUUAAAAUUAUUCUUAAAUGUAUAAUUCUAGGAAUUAUGACAAUUAGUGAGAAUAGCGAAUUAAUUUUGGGAAUAAACGAGAAAGUCAAUAGACUAAUAAUUGAAUUUAUUAACAAUUUUAGCAACAGGAAAAAGAUAGAUAGUGACUAUUAUUUAGAGCUUUUAUUCUUAGAAAAUUUUUUAGAAACAAAUAACAUCGAAUUAAUCGAAGGUAAAGAGAAAAUACAGAGAAUUAUAAAAGAAAAAAGAGAAGAGAUGCAGGAAAUGUUAAAGAAUAAUAAGAUAGAUAAGAUAAAAUAUAAUUUUGAAUUGAUAGAUGAAGGUUUAAUUACGAAUGAAUAUAAUUUAAUUUGGAAUAACAAAUUAAUAACAGGAGGGUUCCGAGUUUGGAGGAAAGCAGUUACAUUAGCAAUUUGGAAAAAUGAAAUUUUAAACAGCGAGAGGUUAGAAGAUCUAUUUAUAUACAACUAUAGAAACGAAUUUGACUGGAUCACAAGUCUUGAAUUUAUUAGUAAUAGAGUUAAAUUUUCGCAAAGACAAUGUGGUGAUAGAGAUACGAUAGAACGCUCAUACAGAAUCAAAAAUUUACUUAAAGAACUGCCCACAUAUAACACUUUAUUCAAAAGAAACACGAAUAAAAUAGAUACAGAUAAAUGUAUAAGAUGUGGGAAAAUCUUCCAGGAAGAUUGGGAACACAUAUGGAUAUGUGAAGAUAACGAUAUAUCAAUUGACGAAAUCAUACGAGAAUCACCAUAUAAUUUCAAAAAAGUUUUGGCUAACUCUAAUCAAAAUGAAGAAUUAGAAAUUUUAAAAAACUACAACUGUGAAUUUAUUAAUAUAAUAGAAAGUCCUUCAAAUAUUUUGUUAAGGAAAAGCAGAAAAUGGGAAUUAUUAAGAGGGAUUUAUAAUAAUAAAUUCAAUGAUCUAUCUAAAGAGAAAAAAGUUAAAGAUCUAAUCAAAAAGCUUUGGAUGUUCACGUACGACGAGAUCAAGAAACGAAUAUGGAUUCCACGAUGCGAAGAAAUUAAAAGAUUAGAAGAAAGAGAACAAAUUAAAAAAAUAGAUCUUAGAAGAAAAAGAGAUGUAAACGAUAAUACAGUAGAAGAUGAUACUGAAACGGAUAUAAUACCAGGAAAAACUAAAAAAAAACAAAAAACAAAAGAAAAUUUAGUUAAAAAAGAAAAAAAUACAAAUAUAAAUAGACGGAUUAGCUUAGUAACGUUAGACAAGAUGAAAGGAUUAAUCACAGAAGGUAUUAAUAUAGCUAAAUCUUGGAAUACUUUGCUAACAACUAAAAUUUUACGUAAUGUAUUGUACGAUACUUGUACAAGUAUUGUACAAUAUAUUUAA